CGCCAGAAAGCCCGCCAUGGUGUCAUGGAUCAUCUCCAGGCUGGUGGUGCUUAUAUUUGGCACCCUUUACCCUGCGUAUUAUUCCUACAAGGCUGUGAAAUCAAAGGACAUUAAAGAAUAUGUCAAAUGGAUGAUGUACUGGAUUAUAUUUGCACUUUUCACCACAGCAGAGACAUUUACCGACAUCUUCCUUUGUUGGUUUCCAUUCUAUUAUGAACUAAAAAUAGCAUUUGUCGCCUGGCUGCUGUCUCCCUACACAAAAGGCUCCAGCCUCCUAUACAGGAAGUUUGUACAUCCCACGCUGUCUUCAAAAGAAAAGGAAAUCGAUGAUUGCCUGGUCCAAGCAAAAGACCGAAGUUAUGAUGCCCUUGUGCACUUUGGGAAGCGGGGCUUGAAUGUGGCGGCCACAGCAGCCGUGAUGGCUGCUUCCAAGGGACAGGGUGCCUUAUCGGAGAGACUCCGGAGCUUCAGCAUGCAGGACCUCACCACCAUCCGGGGUGACGGUGCCCCUGCCCCCUCCAGCCCCCCCCCACAGGGGUCUGGGCGAGCCAGCGGCAAACAUGGCCAGCCUAAGAUGUCCAGGAGUGCUUCUGAGAGCGCCGGCAGCUCAGUGUGUACCUGCUGCUCUACCUGCAGGACCCGGAAAGUGGUUGAGGGAGAUGUGAAUGAGGGUGGUGUGAAGGCCUGGGAGCCCCACGAGGUCCAAAACCCGUUGGCAUUUUCGGACGAGGAGGAGGAAGAUCUGCUGGAUUUCAUGUACAAGUAUAAGGCGCCUCGAAAGACGGAGUUCCCCCUGGAGGCACCGCCUAGAGUCCUUCGAUCCCGCUUUAGGAAGAAAAGUACCUCAUCCUCAGCCACUGAAACCACGUGAGUGAGAUGAGCCAACAGCACCGGACGCACAGAAUGUUUCUUCUCUGCCUUAAAGAGCUAGUCACUAAUAACAUAGAAAUCCGCAAGCUGGCGUGCUUUGAGUGUGCAGCCUCACAGACACAGCCUUUUCUCUCUCUCCUCUUACACUUUUAAGAUUUUUAUUUUCCUUUUCUUUAUUUUGCUGGGGAGAGGCUAAAGGGAAAGGUAGCUUGUGUGUGGGGGUGGGGUGUGACCUUUAAGUCUUGAGGUUAGUAGUUUUCUGCAAUUGGAUUGUCAGCAGUGUGGUUUUAGAAAUAUAAGAGAUCACCCUCACACUGCUGAGAUGUACAUUUGUAAUUUAUUUGUUGCAUACUUCGUUUUUAGUCCUGUAAAUGCAAACAAAGCAAUUUUUUUAAACUUUUUUUGUUCUUGGUACUAAUACUUUGGACUACGGUGUACAUAUUUAUGGCUUUUGGCUUAAUGUAAUGGACUCGCAAGGGCUGCCAGAGGUUCUGAUAUGUAAGAAAACUACGAGAUAUGUAAAAAAUUAUUUUGAUUCUAGAGAAUGUCUCAGAUGUGCUUAUAAAGCUUCCAAAUACAACUCCAGUAAAACAGCCCUUUUCCUGUAGGACGAUGGUCCAUAUUCUUCAGAUAGAUGUUAAGUCAGUAGACCAGAGACGUUUAGAAUGAAGAGACAAUAUUGUAAUGACAGACACGAGUGUAAUGAGGCCAGGGGAACAGCCCAGAAUAAGAGAGGUCACAAGAAGCUUGUCUCCCCCUGGAUUCUGGGUUAAGAGCUUCUGAAUUUUGUCGAGGGAUGUACCAAUGGCUUAGGCAGGUGGCUCACCUUUGGUAAAACCUCCUGGGGAUGUGAACUCACAGGGCUGUUGUGAGGAAUCAUUUUGAGUGUUCCAUCAGUGCUUGACAAAUGAUUGUUUCUCCUUCAUAGUAACCAGUUCUGUGACUUAUUUCCCCAGGUAGAGGAGCCUAUAAUCUGAGCACUUGAUCAAGAGAACAGUAAGCAAAAACCGACCAAUCAACCCAAAACAAACCUAAAACUAUGUUUCAGAUAUGCUGUCAAAUACGUCUGAGACACCUGUCAAAAUGCUGGGUUCUAGAAAGGUUUCAGAGGUUGAGAUCUUUAUGGACUGACUUGCUGCUCAGCUCCCUGGGCAGCUGUGGCUCACACCCUUCCCGGCUUGUGCAGAAUGUGAACGAGAGAAGUCGCACUCAUGGGCACUCCGCGUCUUACCAGACGUCUUAUGCAAGCCGAGAUCGCUUAGUAUAAUAGAGCACUAGCUAAGGGGACUCUCUACUUAGACUGAGAACUUUAUCUGAAAAGAAGAAUCUGGUUUACAUAGCAUUUCAGUCCGAGGUAGCUGCUCCCCACCCCCUUGGAGAGCUGAGCCUAAAAUGUAGGACUUGUAUAUUUGUGCUUAGAGUUGGUGUUUUCUUUCAGUGUAAUGCAUGCAGUGGUCACAAACCAGUCACUUAUAAUACUUGGAUUGUGUUUGUUCAUAGAUAUGCCCUGAAGACUAGAGAAUUAGUGUUAUGUACCACAUAGAACUUGCUGUCAACCGGCUAUAAACAGGCCCAGUUAAAGACCGUCUCAUUACUGAGCUACAUCCACCAACAUAUAUCAGUAGUCUUUGCUGAUGGCACACUGGCUGGAUCUUAGCCACCCGAGAAAGGGUUUUACCUGAAGUUGAUUGUUGCCAGAUAUGCACAUUUAAAUCCCUUCUUCCCACAAUUCCUCUGAAGGUGAGUUUGUAAUUUACAAUGGGAUUUAGGAAAACAAACCUAAAAGCAAAUUUGUGGUUCAGAGGGCAAACGUAGGCUCUUUAUGAUCUUUCCCCCACACCCACCAAUCCCUAAACCCACUAGGGAAGACAGAAAAUCUAAUUUCUUAAAGCUCAUUGAAUAGUUUCAGAGGAAAAAUAUAUGCUUUAAAUGUAUUUACCUGUUAGUUGGGAGUACCCAGAAUUACCAGAAACAGCUUAAGCAGCUUUUUAGCAGUGUUUUUUUCUUUUCUUUGCCAAAAUAAUAAAUGCCUUUAGCAGCAGAGAUCCUUCGUGAACAAACUAUAUUUUCACCAUUUUACAAUGUAAAGUUUUAACAAGUACAAGCUAUCAAGUUUGCACUCAACUAUGCCAAAAACAAGUUUGAAGCACUCUACUCUCAGACAUGCUGUAUUACUGCUCAUUCAAGAUUUAAAAAAUUUAAAGGUAUCCAAACUGCUGUCUUAAUGUAAAUGUAACUAUUUUUCCUUCAAGUGUUGAUUAGGGAGUUGGUUUCUCUCUUAAAAACACUCACUGUACAAAUGAGAGCAGCUGUCAUAUUUCUGGCAAAAUGUGUUUACUUAUCCAACAAGCUGUAUAUUUCUGUAUGGACUGACAUAAAAUGUGAAUGCCUCCAAGUGUA